GGUGCGGGUGACGCUCAGGGAUGCGCGUCCUGCGCUCCAACAACAAAGGAACCGCCCACUCCACGACGCGCACCGGCUGCCCGCCCGAGUGGCAGUAGGCUGCCUGCGCGGUAGUUGACACAAACACUGCGUGGAGCGAGCAGGCGCGGUAAUUCCCCCGGUAAAGCGUCCAAACAACAACAAGUAACCCGGCGGACAGCUGCGUCGGAGUUACUUAAACGAGCGGCAGCUUCGUUCCCAGUUUCUCUCAUUUGUUUUUGUCAUGGAUUGUUCUGGGAAAUCUAAGGCUGCACAGGUUUGUCAUCAACUGUUCAGAUUCCCACUAUUGUCUGGAGUGCAUCUGCUGUGGGGUCAGCUGGCAGAUACACACAUUCCCACCAACACCAGCAUGCGUCGUUCUGCGUGGCUCGGAUGCCGUCUCACCGCGCGCGUCUUCACUGAGCGUCUCUACGGCUACGGAGCAGUCAUGAAUCUGGCUCUGCGCCGGAUAGCGGGCGCCACCAUGAGCACUUUAACAACAGGUGUCCAGUAUCUCGGCUCCAACGACGCCAGCUAUGACGAGCUCUCCGCCGCCGACUCCACUCUAAUCAAGAAUGGAUUCCACUUCGAGAAGUCCCCCUCCGCCUCCAUCGGCAACUCCUUAUCUGGGCUUAUCCCUGGAAAUAAGGAGGGGAUUCACAGCGGCCUCUCCCCCAUUUUCCCGACCAACAUAUCGGCCUUCCUGCCUGGUAAUGGCACCCCUGUGGCGGGUGGAGGACCGGCGCAGUGUGGCGAGAACUCUGUGGACAAUCUGGAGUGUUUUAUGAUUCUGACUCCUGGUCAGCAGCUCGCCAUCGCCAUCUUGGCACUCACCCUGGGUACAUUUACGGUGCUGGAGAACCUAAUGGUGCUGUGCGUGAUCUUUCACUCCCAGACCCUUCGGUCCCGACCUUCCUACCACUUCAUAGGCAGCCUGGCUGUGGCCGACCUCAUAGGAAGCAUCAUCUUUGUCUACAGCUUCCUGGACUUCCACGUUCUCCACAGGAAGGACAGCCCUAACGUUUUCCUCUUCAAACUCGCCGGGGUCAUCGCCUCCUUCACGGCCUCCGUGGGGAGCUUGUUUCUCACCGCCAUCGAUCGCUACAUCUCCAUUCACAGGCCGAUGGCGUACAAACGCAUUGUCACGAAGACCAAAGCGGUGAUCGCCUUCAGCGUGAUGUGGACGAUCUCUAUAGUCAUCUCGCUGCUGCCGCUGCUCGGCUGGAACUGCAAGCGCCUCCACUCGGUCUGCUCCGACAUUUUCCCUCUCAUCGACCAGAAGUACCUGAUGUUCUGGAUCGGGAUGACGAGCAUCCUGCUGCUCUUCAUCAUCUACGCCUACAUGUUCAUCCUCUGGAAGUCCCACCACCACGCUGUCCGCAUGCUGAGCCGCAGCUCCCAGAGGAGCAUGAUCGUCUACACCGCAGAGGGGACCAAAGUCCAGACAGUGAGACCGGACCAGGCCCGCAUGGACCUGCGCCUGGCUAAAACCUUGGUCCUGAUCCUGGUGGCCCUCAUCAUCUGCUGGGGCCCGCUUCUCGCCAUCAUGGUGACCGACCUCUUUGGCAAGGUGAACGACUUCAUCAAGACUGUGUUCGCCUUUUGCAGCAUGCUGUGCCUGCUCAACUCCACCGCGAACCCCGUGAUCUACGCCAUGAGGAGCAAGGACCUGCGCAGGGCCUUCCUCAACAUCUGCCAUGCGUACCGGGGGGUGACGCAGGCUCUGGACAACAGCGCGGAGACCGACUGGAACACCAGGAGUGUGAGAGGCACAGCCAGUGGGGGAGGGAAAGAUGGCGCUGCAUGUGGGAAGCCUCAAUUAAAAGUGGCCCAGGUUACUGUCUCUGGAGCGACGGCGUCUUCGACUGCACAGCCGGUUUGAGGGAUGGGCUACAACUGUGACAUGAAGAUACUGUAGGAUAGGGUCUGAUCUGUAACUGUGACACGUGCCAAAACAUGACUUAGGUGCAACUGUUACGAACUUUACAUGCGUCAUCGUCUUUAGGUUGGACGUGCAAAAAAUCUUUUCAGCUUCGAGGUAGAAAAGUGUGACGUGCGCUUUUGCUCUUUCAGUUUCUUCGUGUUAGCAAAUAGCUUAGCAUAGCAACGCUGUGGCAGCAAAGCAAGGUGUGCAAAAUGAAAACACACCGCUUAUUAUUAAAAUUAGCAACUCAAUUUAAACUAGCUUUUCAUGACUUUUAACGACAUGAUAUGUGAAGUGAUGUGAAGUUCGCUGGUCGUUCAGUUUUACUGAAUCCAACUUGUAUUUAUUCUACUGUACUUUUGGAGUCAAACUUUGAGUAUGUUGGAUUUUUUUUAAUAAAUUAAAACGUCUGUGGUCAUUUGGGAAUGUUACAUGGCUGCUUUUCAACAAACAAUCAUGGAGUUUUGUGACAACUUGUGCUGCCACGUUCCUGUCAAAUGUCUACUGUGCCAUCGUGAACGGUUCAAUAAAUUGAUUACAUUUGU